GGUAGUUGCUGUCGGGCCUUGUUUAUGGCCGCAGUCUGUGCCGUGCGCUGGGCUGAUAACGGUGUUGCGACUUCUGCUAUCUGCCGGGACCGAGAAUUUCAGCACGCUUGCUUUUUGUGCCAGUGUUGUGCGCCGCGCAGCUGCGCGGGGUCGGGGUCGAACUUCCUGGUGUGCGUGUGUUAGUGUAUGUGUGUGUGAGUGGGCGAGUUGUUAGUUGUUGUCUGCUCGCGACGGCGGCGGGCUCCUGUCAAAAUGGUCCCGAAUAAGGGACAGGUUCUCUUCGUGGGAGUUUCGAUGCUCUCAUUACUUUCUUCCUCGUUUGCCACUGUGAGGUACCAGCCGGAGCAGGUUCAUCUUUCCUACGGAGAGAAAGAACGAUCCAUUGUGGUGACAUGGUCGACAGGUAAUAAAACAGAUUCAAUUGUGAAAUAUGGGGGAGGUGACCAGCUACUGCAAAGCAAGAGUGGCUCGUGUACUCUCUUCGUCGAUGGAGGACAUAAGCAAGCAUCCCAGUAUAUUCAUCGAGUCACCAUAUACUACGAAGAUCCUGAUAGUCUUCAGCCAGAGACUAAAUACUAUUACCAUGUUGGAAGUGACCUCGGCUGGUCGCCUGUGUUCUGGUUUGUGACUCCUCCAAUGAACUUGACGGGGUGGGCGCCAUCAAUUGCUAUCUAUGGUGAUAUGGGCAAUGUCAACGCCCAGUCUCUUCCUCGCCUUCAAUCAGAAACUCAAGCUGGACUUUACGAUGCCAUAAUUCAUGUUGGAGAUUUUGCCUACAAUAUGGAUGAUUCUGAUGGGGAAGUUGGUGAUGAAUUCAUGCGCCAAAUCGAAUCGAUUGCUGCUUAUGUGCCCUAUAUGACAACUGUUGGAAAUCAUGAGAGUGCCUAUAAUUUCAGCCACUAUAGAGCUCGUUUUAGCAUGCCUGGCCCUUACGAAAACAUGAUGUUCAGUUUCAACAUGGGCCCAAUACAUUUUAUCUCAUUCUCAACAGAAUAUUAUUAUUACUUGCGCUAUGGUUUUAAGAUGCUGGUGAAACAGUAUGAAUGGCUUGAAAAUGACUUGAAAGAAGCCAGUCAUCCUGCAAACAGAACAGUACGUCCAUGGAUCAUUACAAUGGGUCACAGACCCAUGUAUUGUAGUAACAAAGAUAACGACGACUGCACCCUGGUGAAAAAUAGAUUACGCUAUGGUCUCACUCCACUUCGCUUGUUUGCCCUUGAAGAUCUUUUUUACAAGUAUGGUGUUGAUUUGGAAGUGUGGGCUCAUGAGCAUUCAUAUGAAAGAUUCUGGCCUUUGUACAAUUACAAAGUAUAUAAUGGAUCCUUUGACAAACCUUACACAAACCCAAAAGCCCCAGUUCAUAUUGUUGUGGGCUCUGCUGGCUGCCAGGAAAGGGUGGAUUCGUUCAAUGCUCUACCUCCAUGGUCCGCUUUUCGUAGUAGUGACUAUGGUUAUUCUCGAAUCAAAGUGCACAAUGCAACCCACCUCAAUUUGCAACAAGUAUCUGAUGAUUUGGAUGGAGAAGUGAUAGAUGACUGGUGGCUUAUCAAAGAAAUGCCCAGGAUCAAAUUUCCACUAGCUGAGCAGAUGACAACGGAAGAGAAUCAAAUCAUCGAACCUAGUAAUGUUCUUAAAGGUUUAUAAGUGACCUAAUGAUUUUUUUAAAUUUUCUGUUCCAAAGAAUAAUUUGCAAUGAAUAUGUUGUGAUACCCAUUAUCUUAUCUAAUUGUGCAUUUAUUGAUUUUAAUGUUAAAGGUGCUAGAAGAUAUGUUGCCAUUGUGAUAUUCAUGUUGAGUUGUGAUAUGGAGAUAGGAAUCUUAUUGUAAAUAAAUGUAAUGCUCAAUAUAUCAUUUUUACAUGUC